AUGGCUGAAUGUUUCAAUUCAUGGAUAUUAGCAGCAAGGCAUAAGACUAUAAUUACAAUGCUUGAAGAAAUUAGGGUAAAAAUGAUGAAAAGAAUAGGGCAGAUGAGAGAGUUUUGCAAUACUUGGAUCUGUGACAUUUCUCCAAUGGCAAUGAAGGUUCUACAAGAUAACACAGUUAAGUCUAUGAAAUGCAACAUUGAAUGGAAUUCAGAUACAUGGUAUGAGGUACUUCAUGGACCAUACAGACAUAUUGUAGAUAUUCAAAGGCAAACAUGUAGUUGUAGAGCAUGGAUGUUGGAAGGCAUAUCAUGUCCUCAUGCAAUAGCUGCUCUUCACCAUAGAAAAUUGGACCCAAUCAACUACAUUUCUCAAUGGUAUAACAGAGAAAUAUACAUGAAGACAUACAACUACUUCAUUCAGCCAGUUAUGAAUCUGAAAAUGUGGCCAGAAUCACAAAACAUCUCUGUGAUACCACCUCAUGUUAGGAAGAUGCCAGGAAGGCCUAGCAAGAAAAGAAAGAAAGAGCAAGGUGAAACCAGUAAAACUGAAAAAUUAUCCAAAAGAGGGAUUGAGAUGUCCUGCAGCACUUGUCAUAACAAGGGUCAUAAUAAAAUAAAGUGUCCUCUUGGUGCACCUGCUUAUGGCACAAGCUUUACUGAUGGACCAAGUUCAAGACCUGAUGUUGGACCAAGUUCAAGACCUCCUUUUGGACCAAGUUCUAGCCCAAGAGCAACACCUGUUGCUGCACCAACAUCAACACAAACUGUUGUCCCUACUGGCCCAAGAGCAACACCUGUUGUUGCACCAACAUCAACACAAGUUGUUGGCCCAAGAGCAACACCUAAUGCUCCAACUGGAAGAGGAAGGGAUAGACCAAAGGGUUCAACUAAAAGGUGA